AUGGCCACCGCCGACACGGACCCGUCGAAGCCGCCGACGACGCACGACGCCUUCGGCUUCUUCCGCCCCCCUUCCUUCAUGCCUCCGCUCGAUCCCUCGAGCGACUCGGAGCCCGUCCGCACCAUUGAUUACGCUUCGGCCAACUCCGUCUUUGACGAUCUCGCCUCAAAGAGCGCUCCUCCGCCGCCACCAGCAGCACAGCGAUCCGCACCUGCCCAUUCGCAACACAGCUACGACCCGAUUGCCAAGAUGUCGUCGCGCGUGGUGCGGCCCCUUCCCCGCGCCCACAUCGCAGAGACCGCACCAGCUUCUGCCAGCGACGCGUCCGCAUCCGCAUCCGCAUCCGCAUCCGCACCUCUGCUCCCACCACAGUCGAGCGCGCAGGGACCAUCGAUGAGUCCCAACAAGCCCGAGCACGGUGCUUCCUCCUCGACAUCUCCGCAUACAGCCCCAUCCUCCGGCGCCACAGGGUCUUCGACGACGGCGACGACGACGACGACCAUGCCCACCACGCCCUACAAGCAUCGCCAGACCCUCCAGCAGCAGGAUGAUGCGGCCCGCCGUCAGGUCGAGGUCGACCGCCGCAACAAGGCACGCGAAGAGGAGAGGGUCCAGCGCCAGCACGAUAUCCAGAGGCAGGUCGAGAAGAACAUGGAGGCGGUCCGCUCGGAGCGCGAGGCCGAGCGUGUCGAGCUUCUGGCCCAGCGUGAGCUCUGUGCCCGGGCCGCUCUACAGGUUGGGCCUGGCCAAAGCGUCGACUGGGAUCGACCGGUAGGAGCCCUGGACGCGGACGAAGCCAUCGGCAGGCAGGUCCGCGCACACUGGGAGUCGUCGCGGCCGAGCGCGCAGUCGAUGAAGCGUCGCGAGCGCGUCGUCGACCGCAUACAGGCGGCCAUCGAUGCGCGCUGGCCGGGCUUCGGCCUCCAGGUGGCGCCAUUUGGCUCGAGCGUCACCGGCCUCGUCUCGGACCGCUCUGACCUUGACCUGGUGCUGCUGGACCCGACCAAGCCCUUCGGCGUCGGCACCCCGCCUUUCCUCGAAAGCGAACCGAUGCGGCGCACCCGUCAGAUCGAAGGCAUGCCUGACUGGUACAACGUGCGUGUCGUCGCCGCCGCGCUCAAGGCGAGCAACGCCAGAGGCGGCCGUCCGGAAAAGUUUCGCAACAUCAUCGCCAUCAGCCACGCCAACGUGCCAAUCAUCAAGCUCGUCGACGUCGAGACGGGUCUGCCCGCCGACCUCAACAUCAACGAGAGGUUCGGCCUGAUCAACAGCCAUCUGAUUGCGACGUAUGCCAACCUGCUGCCGAACGUCUUCCGUCCCUUUGUCUUUUUCGUCAAGCACUGGCUCUCGCAGCGCGGCCUCAACGAUCCCAGCGGAUCCAAGGGCCCGAACAGCCUCAGCAGCUACACGAUCGCGCUCAUGGCGAUCCAGUAUCUCCAGGUGUGUCAGCUGCUUCCCAACCUGCAGGACCCGGCGCUCAUCGCUGGCCUCGAGAUUCCGCGCUCGUUCAUCUGGGGCCGACGCAAGAAGGGCCGCGGCGGCAAGGGUGGCGGUGGCGCGCCCGGUCCCGCGCCGGCACCGGGCUACGACGUCACCUUUGCCCAGCUCACCGCCGGUGGGUACGACGAGCAGGCGUACCGCAACAUCGCCGCCUCCUGCCCCAACGUGCGCUCGCCGGGGGACAAGCUGCUCGGCCAAAUCGUCAAUGGUUUCGUCGGAUACUACGCAGACCAGUUUGCGAGGCAGAGCCAGGCUGUCUCGGUGGUGUCGGGCCGCCCAUUGCCGCUUCAGCGCGGGGGCUCGCCUUCAACACAGUCCGGUCCCAGCUCGGACACGAGCGGCUCCCCGCCAGGCAGACAGUCGCAGCUCGACAUUUUCGGAGGCCGAGCUCAGGCAGAACCGUACGGCGCGGCCGUGCCGCCGGGUGUCAUGGCGAUGGACAACUUCAGCCAGCCUCAGGACUGGGCGCAGCACGAGCUGGUGGUGCAGGACCCUUUUAUCGUCGACCGCAACACGUCGAGGAACAUGGGCGAGAAGAUGGCGCACAGGCUCGAUGCCGAGCUGCGCAGGGCAAAGGAGAUGCUCUCGUCUGGCCGCACCGGCGGCGGCGGGGCCAGCAGUAUCGCCGUGCGCGACCUGCCGCUGAUCUGCGACAUCUGCGCGCCGCUGUCGACCGACUUUGGCGGCCAGCGCCACCGGCUUCCUGACCGCCCGGCCGCUACUGCGACGGGCCCGGCGGCGGGCAAGGCUCACCUCGACCAGGCCGAGACCAACGCCUUUAUCCGUCAGGAGUCUGAGAAGCUUAGGCUGGAGCUCGAGCGCUCCACGAUUGCGCAGGGAGGCGACCCGGCAAAGCAGGAGGCCAGAAAGGAGGCCAAGAAGCUGAAGGCCAUGGCCAAAAAGGCGGCGGAUCGCAAGCGAGCUCGCCCGCCGCAGAGCAGCGAGGCGGACGGUGUUCCCAUGGAGCGACGGCGGUCGCCCAACGCCAGCGGCGUCAGCAGCGGGGCGCAGUCAAAGGCGGUGGCUUCUCCCGCCCCGAGCGGCGGCUCUCCGAGCCUGUCGACGACGUCGGAAGAGUCCGAAGACAUUGACCUGGUGGCGCUGCGACUCGACAGGGCGAGACAGCAGCAGCAGCAGCAGCAGUCGGCAGGAAGCCGCCGACAGUAG